UGCCGACGUCACCGAGGUCAGAGUUCACAACCCAGGCCGGUUGUCGGAAAGUCACCGCUACAACAACAAAAAGGACAAUAAUUAAUAAAAUAAACAUGGACAAUAACUACAAAUAAUCUCCACAAACAGGGACAGCCUCUCUUCAUAAAACUGACUUUUAAUAGUGGAGAUAUUCAGCGCUGUUUGCUGCCUGAUGCCAGCUGAAGCGUGAUGCAUCCAGAGCAGAGAGGAAGAGGAGGAGGAGGAGGAGGAGGAGGAGGAGGAACAGAUUCGGGGCCUGAGGGCGUCCUGAGCACCGGCCUCCUGCAGGGCCUCCUCCACAGAGCCAGGCCUCCCUCCUUCUGCCUCCUGCUCCCCAGGGUCCAUGCAGCUGAUGUGGCUGCUGCCCAGAUGCCCUCCUCCUCCUCUUCCUCCUCCUCCUCCUCCUCCUCCUCCUCCUCCUCCACCAGUCCUGCUCCUGCUCCCGUCUCCCUGCCAAGCAACAUCGGCAAGCCAGACUUCCCAGACUCAGGAUGGGACCGGAUCAAGGACCUCUUCGACAGAGAAGCGACUCAGAACUACCCUGAGGAGCUGACCAGCGUCUUUAAGAGCGGCGUGGUCGCUGCUAUCGCCGGCCUGUUCUACGGCGGCCUGCCGGCAGCUCGCCAUGCCAAGCAGCGCUACAUCCAGCUGAGCCAGGCGGAGGUCUACACCAGCCGCGUGGACGCUGUGCGCUCGGCUCAUAACGCAGCCAUCCGAGGGUUUGUGAGGUACGGCUGGAGGUGGAGCUGGAGGGUGGCCGCCUUUGUCACAUUAUUCAACUCUGUGAGUACAGGUCUGUCUGUGUACCGAGACAAGAACGCCCUGAGCCACUACGCUGCAGCUGGAGCUGUGACUGGAGGCCUCUUCAGACUGAACCUGGGACUGGGAGGACUGGUGGCGGGGACCAUCAUCGGAGCCGUGCUCGGGUUUCCGACUGGUUUUCUGAUCGUCAGCAUGCAGUCGAUGACGGGAGAAACGGCCCGAGAGCGACGGAGGAGAGAGCGCAGCGAAUUCUACCAGCUCCGACUCACAGAGUGGGCGGCUCGUCUGAAUCUGACCGACGAGCUGAUUGGAGAUCUGAACGUCAGCGCUGCAGCAGGAGGAGCCAGUCAGGACAUGAAGAGGAUCCAGGAGCUGCUGGACCAGGACCAGAACCAGGAACAGAACCAGAACCAGAACCAGGACUCCCAGUAACAGACUGGCUGCAGGUGGGACUUGACACACCUGGAGGAGAAGUUCUUCAGCUCCUCUGGACUCCUCACAGCUUCUCUCUACAUGAAGAAUCUGCUUUACGUCACAUUAAAAGACUCUGUUGCUCCUGUUUCUGUCUUUCUGAGGACUUUGGGACAGAAUCAUGUAUUUGUUUCAAUGUGAAAAUCUUAAUUUAACCUGUUUGUUUU